GGGUAUCGUCGUGGCCUGAUUGAUUAGUAAUUGCGGCGGAAUGCUGUUGAGGCCCAUGGGAGGGUACUCACGCAGAAGCAAGGAGCGCGGCAUUGCUGGAGACACGUGGCAGUCGGAGAGGUGAUCUUUGUGACGAAGUCCGAGCUGGGGACACGUGGCAGUCGGAGAGGAGGUGACGUCUAAUUCGUAUUAUUCUGUCCAAUACCGAAUGGCAGAAGAGCUGCGCGAACACGUGUUCGCUCGCUCGAUGAUGGAAUGACGUCAACAGAUAUAGAUAGGGGGAUGCAGAUUUUGGCUUUGAAUUGGCUGUGAUCUCAGAGUCGCAAGGAAGUCUUCAGAUGUUUCAGUUAACAAGCAGACCUGCAGCUAAUGCCUCUGUGAUGUAACCCAUAAAAAUCAUAAACCCGGUCUGUCCAUGUCUGCGUGAUGUUCCGAGGCGCCUUUUGGUUAUCUCCACACUCAGCGGCCAGCGGGCGCAUCGUGCACUGGUCUGCUCACUUACUUGUCAUGGUCUACCUGACGAGACGAUGGCGAAGCUGCAAUAUUGCCAAUAUUGCUUGCUGACGGGUUGCACAGUCAAGCAGUUGGAGCGCUUUUGCACAACUGCAGAACCGACCAUUUGACUUUCAGAACUUGUUUUGGGUGGGGGGUGGGGGGGGGGAGGUGAUCUGAACCUGAGAUGGACAAGGACCAGGGUGAAACCUUCUCUUUCAGCAUUCAUGGUGCGGGGGCAGUAAAGUUAAGGAAGGCUGUCCAUGAGAAGUUGUUGGAAUACACGGGCAAUUAUGCAGACGACGUUUUAGCGGAAUAUAUUGUGGUUCUUGUGGCGCAUGGGAAGACUCAAGCGCAAGCAGUCACAGAGUUGGAGGCAUUUCUUUCGUCGAAGACAGGGGCAUUUACAGCAUGGCUAUGGGAUCAUGUGACUGCCAACAAGGUGGUCUAUGCGGACAAUGGGCCUGUGAAAGAGCAGUCUAAAGAAAGGGAGAAGUCGAGAGAGAAGCAGAAGGACAGGGAGAAGGAUGAGACGGAUCCUCCCCUGGACCAAAGGACUGACAGCAACCAUCAAGCACAUUCCCAGCAGGGAGAUGGUCAUCACAUCAAGGAGCGGGAUAGGGAUAGGGACAGGGAUAGAGAGAGGGAGAGGGAGUGGGAAAGAGAGAGGGAGAGGGAGUGGGAAAGAGAGAGGGAGAGGGAGAGGGAGUGGGAAAGAGAGAGGGAAAAGGAGCGAGAAUGGGAUGGAGAGAAGCAGGAGGAUUAUCAGGGCGCAGGGAGUUUGGAAGCAUUUUCCUCGCGGCAUCGCAGGUUUGGCUCCAUCGAUGACUCAACUGCGAGGGACUUCCAAGUGUCAAGACCUCCGGAAUCUCUCUCUGGUAGAGAGGAUAAGAGGCACGAUUCCUCGCGAAGAAGACCGAAAAUCAAACGAGGAAGGGAGCUUGAGCAGGCAGCUCAAACACUAAAAUUUGCGGAGCUGGAACGAGAGGGUGGUGUUCGAGGGCGUGUCCGGCGUUCUGGCGGGCACUCACCGUAUCCAGACUUCUGGGCCGAGCGAAGUGCAGGAGGCCACAGAGAGCAGGGACAUGGGCGAUCAGAAUCAAGGAAGUACAGGUCCCCAUCAAGAGAGGGGUUUUGGCAUAAGAGGGAGUCGAGAAGAGACCAUGAUGAGGAGAAUGGCUUCUCUGGAAGACGAGAGUAUUUGCGUCGUCCGCGAUCUUCCGGACAUCAAGCAGAGAGGGAUAGAUCUCAGCAGGAGUCAGAUAUUGGAAGCAGGGCAGAAAGGCCUAGCCCUAAGCGGCUGCGGUCGGUGGCAGUUGUUUAUCCAGAUGCUGAUAAGGAGGGGCCAGGCUUAUUCCCUGAGUCGAAUGGUAAUUCGUCUUCCAGGGAACGACCACGGCUUAUGCUCGGAAAUAGUUUGGGUGUGGCAGUGCUCAGGGCAGCAGCCGAGGCUGCUGAAGAUGUUUCUGUCACAGCCAGCAUUAAGGGACAUAUACCAGCGGUUGGCACUAUGUGGGAACAGAUGGGGUCAAGGAGCCGUGCCGAAGAUGUGUCUGUCUCAGCCAGCAUUAAGGGGGAUACAGCAGUGUCUGGCACUACGUGGGAACAGAUGGGUUCAAGGAGCCGUGUCGAGGUGCAUGAUCACCAGGAGCCUGAUCCUGGGUCUACUCACCAGAGAGUCAGUGGAGACAAUGGUGAUGCUUGGACAGCACCGUCAUCUGGGAAGGUGAGGCACAGAAGAGAUCAUGGAAGGUCGUCGAACCGGACUUCAGGUGAAAUAUCAGGAGGUUCUCGGAAAAAGCGUGUGAAGCAGAGAGCUGUUGAAGGCGAACGAGCGGUUCGUGAGUGGGUAGGAGGGGAUGUUGAGCAAGACCAGAUGGUGUCUGAGAUGGAUCGGUUAAAUGUGGACUGGCGUCAAAGACCAGAGCCUGCAGCUUCUCAGGAUAUGACGCAGCCAGAAUGUGAAGGAGCCCGUGAGUUGAAGAAGCGGCUGGCCUACGACAGCCGUGUUGAUAUGACACUGACAGAUGGGGUAGACAUUGAGGGGAGAAAUGGUUGGCCGGAUUCAGUUCACUACAAGAAUGCUGCAACUGGUACAAGCAGUCAAGAGGAUGCCGAGAUGGCUGCAGCAGGGCAUGUGGUUGAGCAAGAUGAUUUGCACAAUCAGGUAGAAGCGGAUGCAGGUUGGACAACGGACGACAUGUGGGGCCACAAAAAUGCAUCUGUGUGGGAGAGGAUAAAGACAGAAGAAGAGCUCCUUCCUGCACCCGAUGAGGUCAAGACAGAACAGGAAGGCAGUGGUGAUGAUUUCCAUGUCAUGGUGUCGCUUUGUGAAGAACCUAGACGACAGCAAGGGAAUGACGAUGGAGAUGACAAGGAUGAUGAUGAUAUGGUGGAAGAUAAAGCUGAGGAGAUGGUGGAUGGCGGAGGGAGGACGGAGGAGGUGGAAGUUGGCGGAGUGAUGAGGUGGAAGAUGGUAGAUGGUGGAGGGAGGAGGGAGGAGAGGAAAGAUGGCAGUGGAAAAUGGCGGAGGGAGGAGGUGGAAGAUGGUGAAUGGCGGGGGGAGGAGGUGGAAGAUGGUGGAUGGCGGAGGGAGGAGGGAGGAAAUGAAAGAUGGUGGUGGAAAAUGGCGGGGGGGGGGGGGGGGGGAUGGAAAAUGGCGGAGGGAGGAGGGAGGGGAUGGUGGAUGGCGGAGGGAGGGGAUGGUGGAUGGCGGAGGGAGGACGGAGGAGAUGAAAGAUGGUGGUGGAAAAUGGCGGAGGGAGGAGGUGAAAGAUGGUGGAUGUCGGAGGGAGGAGGGAGGAAAAGAUGGCAGUGGAAAAUUGUGGAGGAGGAGGUGGAAGAUGGUGAAUGGCGGAGGGAGGAGGGAGGAGAUGGUUGGUGGCAGUGGAAAUGGCGGAGGGAGGAGAUGGUUGGUGGCAGUGGAAAUGGCGGAGGGAGGAGGGAGGGGAUGGAAGAUGCCGGAGGGAGGAGGGAUGUCCUUGAGAUCAAGAGGAAGCUUACCCAAGUUCAGCAAGAAAUGAUAAACUUGCGUGCUCGUCAAGCUCAGAUGGCGAAGGGAUUAUUGAAAGGAUCUAUUGCACCAGCACCGGUGUCGUCUAAAGUUUUUCGAUCUCAGACAUCACUGGAGGAUGUGGACUCACGGACGGUCUUUGUAAGCAAUGUUCAUUUUGGGGCUUCAAAAGAAGCACUGAUGAAUCAUUUUCGUCAAUGUGGACCAAUUGCGAAUGUGAGAAUAGUUCUUGAUUCUGCCACAGGGAAACCGAAAGGAUGUGCUUACGUUGAGUUCGUGUCGAAAGAGGCGGCAGCUCAAGCGUUGCAGUUGAACGAGUCGACUCUACUCUCAAGAGUGAUAAAGGUUGUAGAAAAGAGCAAGGCAGUUGAGGCGACUCCGGGACCUAUUACCUCACCCGUGCCUGUGCCAGGAUUCCAGUUGGGGCGCUCGUCUCUCUCCCUCAACGCAACAGUGCCGGUGCCGGCUCCAGUUGUCAUACCCUGCGUCCCAUUCAAGCCUGCAGCUGUGUUCCAUCAGGUAAGACCGCCUUUUGGCAGAGGUGCAGCGAAAAUUGUCCCAGGCCCACCAACAUCCUGGAAGUGGGAGCGAGAGAAAUCUGGUGGUCCAGCGGCAAGCAGUGUAAAGGGAACAGUUGGAGAUGGAGGUGAUACAGGCCCUUCUCCCAGCAACUCCAGUCUCCCAGUCUCUGGGCCGCCGCUAAGGCCCACAGCCCCUUCUCUGUUUCCGAGAUGCGGUAGCAGCAGUGUUGGUUCGACGACCAGUCUUGGUGCAAUGCGAUUAGGCGUUAUGCCAGGUAGGGGGAUGCAACGGUCACUCUCCUACCACAGGGGCGCUGGCCAGUCAUCGGAAAGUGCGAGCCUGUCGACUACGCCCUCCGCGUCAGCUGUAGGAAGAGGGGGAGAAGGAGGAGGAGGAGGCGAGGGAGCGAGCGAAGGAGGAAUGGCUUUGUCAGAACCAGCAGGUGAAAGAGACGAUACAGUCGCUGAAGGCGCUACAGCAGUGGUUGAGCGUUCAGAGCAGGUUGUCAAAAGUAGUGAGCAGGACCAAGCUGAAGCUGCCGGAAUUUGAGCAGGCAAGUCAGCCUGGUAAACAGAAGAGAUUUUGUAGUUCUGAAAGCGCUGUUAGUUCUUUUCGACUUUCUUCGUACUUUCUUCUUGAGCUUUUUGUUUUUGAAAUGAGGGAGUUUCUUGAGUCCAUGUACUACUUGUUGCCAUGUUCAAUGUGUUUUUAAUCUUUCAAAGUUGGAAUGACAUUUAAUCCUUGAGCCUUUCAUCUCCCUUUGAAUGCUCAAGCUGUUGUGUUCCAAGUAAUGUGCAGUUGGAUUCUGAAAGCUGUUUGCUUGCUUGGUGUGAACGCUCAGCGGCAGAACCACCUCGACGAAACUUGCAGAGUGUAGGAGAUUCGCAGGUAGGUCGGGCGAAGUGACUGGGUGCAAUAGAGGUAAAGGCGGGGGGGCGGACCCGAAGACCAAGAAGGGUGCCAGUAGUAACAGCAGGUAAAUGAACGCAAGCUGCCUCGCCAUCCACUGUAAUAGCAGCAGUGGACGGUGCAGCAGGCUGAGCAGUGAUCGCGACGCUGUAGACAGGCGCAGGGCAACACAUCUCACCCUUCCGUUGUGACUAUAACACAUUUCGCCGUUCGGCUGUGACUUUGUGGGUUUCUGGGGAAGAGGUAGUGCCAAGGAGUGCAGCAGGGAUGACAAUAUUGAUAAAUGCAAGACAGCUUGUUGUUCAGUUGCGAUAGCAAGAACAGACCGAACCGUGUGAACGAGAUGAUCGGCGAAAGGCUUGUCUGUGAUUUGGAAUACGGGGCACGAGAAUCCAGCAACUCCAGGAACAGACGUAUUCCAAAUCGCAGACUCCAGGAAUAGUCGCGAUUCCGGAAUACGACGCAUGCGAAUGAGACAGCUUGCUGUUCAUUUGCGAUAGCAGGAACAGACCAAACCGUUCGAGCGAGAUGAUCGGCGAAAGGCUAGUCUGCGAUUGGAAUACGGCGCACGAGAACCCAGCAACUCCAGGAAUAGGCGUGUUCCAAAUUGCAGACUCCAGGAAUAGUCGCGAUUCGGAAUACGGCCCCCCAUGCCAAUGGGAUGAUUGGUGAAUCGGUGGCGAUUUGCAACAGGCUCGAUUGGUCUGACGAGGGUGUAAUCCCGACAAUGCAGACGGGCACAUGAGAAGCCAUCUCACCACUCUGUUGGGAUCCCUGGAGUUGCUGGGAAUGGGUAGUGCCAUUAAUGGCACUAUUGAUGAAUGCAAGGCGUUUUGCACCGCACCGAACUUCGUGAAUGAGAUGAUUGGUGAAGAGCAGACUGCGUAUAGGGUGUAAUCCCGACAAUGCAGACGGGCACAUGAGAAGCCAUCUCACCACUCUGUUGGGAUCCCUGGAGUUGCUGGGAAUGGGUAGUGCCAUUAAUGGCACUAUUGAUGAAUGCAAGGCGUUUUGCACCGCACCGAACUUCGUGAAUGAGAUGAUUGGUGAAGGGCAGACUGUGUAUAGGUGCGACGAGGGUGUGGAUUCAUCUGCAGAGCCACUCUACCAAUCUGGAGGUGAGAGUGCAGCUACUGCUGAUUACUACUUUUGCUUCUUGUUGUCGUGCGAUCUUGUCGCCUGUCGAAUAUAGAGAUCGGCCUCGUUAGGGUGGGUCAUUAAAUGAGAGAAUGAAUCCUUUUGUACUUG